CGGCCUGGACAAGGUCGCCGCGUGUACGUGGGGAACUUGUCGUGGGACUGCCAGUGGCAGGACCUGAAGGAUCACAUGCGAGCAGCAGGCGAAGUGCGCUAUGCGGACAUCAUGUACGGACCAGAUGGAAGAUCCAAGGGAUGCGCUUUGGUUGAGUAUAAUACGGUGGAAGAAGCGCAGAAGGCUAUCACAGAGCUGCAUGAUUCUGACCUUAUGGGCCGCUUGAUUUUCGUGCGCGAGGAUCGAGAGAACGUUUGA